GCCGCCGGGCCGGCGGAGAGAGGCCGCAGGGCAUGCCAGCCGCCCGCCCCGAUGUUUCACUGGAGCAAGUGGAAGAAGAGGAUGGGAGCGAGCGCCUCCUCCUCCAAGAGACCCGUCUUCGACGAGAGGGAGGACGUGAACUUUGACCACUUCCAGAUUCUCCGGGCCAUUGGGAAGGGAAGCUUUGGCAAGGUGUGCAUCGUGCAGAAGAGGGACACGGAGAAGAUGUACGCCAUGAAGUACAUGAACAAGCAGCAGUGCAUCGAGAGGGACGAGGUGCGCAACGUGUUCCGAGAGCUGGAGAUCCUGCAGGAGAUCGAGCACGUGUUCCUGGUGAAUCUCUGGUAUUCCUUCCAGGACGAGGAGGACAUGUUCAUGGUGGUGGACCUGCUCCUGGGAGGUGACCUGCGCUACCACCUGCAGCAGAACGUUCAGUUCACCGAGGAGACGGUCAAACUCUACAUCUGUGAGAUGGCGCUGGCCCUCGACUACCUGCGGAGUCAGCACAUCAUCCACAGAGAUGUAAAACCAGACAACAUCCUCCUCGAUGAACAAGGUCAUGCCCAUUUAACAGAUUUUAAUAUUGCAACCAUCAUUAGGGACGGUGAAAGAGCGACAGCAUUGGCUGGGACAAAGCCAUACAUGGCCCCGGAGAUCUUCCAUUCCUUCCUGAGCGGCGGGACGGGCUAUUCCUUCGAGGUGGACUGGUGGUCUCUGGGAAUCAUGGCCUACGAGCUGCUGCGGGGCUGGAGGCCGUACGACAUCCACUCCAACAACCCCGUGGAGUCUCUGGUGCAGCUCUUCAGCACCGUCAGCGUCCAGUACUCGUCAGCCUGGUCCAAGGAAAUGGUCGCGCUGCUGCGCAAGCUGCUGACAGUGAAUCCUGAGCAUCGCUUCUCCUGCCUGGCGCACAUCCAGGCCUCGGCUCAGCUCUCGGGCGUGGUCUGGAGCGACGUGUGCGAGAAGCGCGUGGAGCCGGCCUUCGUCCCCAACAAGGGCCGCCUGCACUGCGACCCCACCUUCGAGCUGGAGGAGAUGAUUCUGGAGUCGAGGCCCCUGCACAAGAAGAAGAAGAGGCUCGCAAAGAACAAGUCAAGGGAUAACAGCAAAGACAGCUCCCAGUCUGAAAAUGACUAUCUCCAGGAAUGCCUUGAAGCUAUCCAGCAGGACUUUGUAAUCUUCAACAGAGAGAAGCUAAAGAAGAGCCAAGAGCAGCCCAGCGAGUCCGUGUCUGCCUCUGAGACCACCGACGAGGCCGAGGCCGAGCCCCUGCACAUGUGCAGCUCCGUGUGCUCCUCGGGCAGCAGCUAGGCCGGGGCCAGGCCGCCCGCCCUCACCUGCCCUCAGGUGCGCUGAGCACCCGAGCCCGCCCCGCCGCCGGCAGCUCCCCUUUGGGGCUGGAGCCAGCCAGAGUUCCCACAGGACUGCCCCGGGCCAUGGAUCGCCAGCCCAGCUCCCCUCUGGGGCUGGAGCCAGCCAGAGUUCCCACAGGACUGCCCUGGGCCAUGGAUCGCCAGCCC